GUUUGACAGGAACAACAAAGCACACAGUCACACUGACACCGUUGAUUCAUAAAAAAACUAGAGUUCAAAAAAAAUCAAAUCAAAUCAGAAUGUUAGCAAUCAAGAGCAACUGUUGUUCUUGGUUUAUUAUUUUUGUUUUUCGAUUAUUAAUAUUCAAACAAUUCAAGAGCAAUCUUGAAUCUUUUCAAAUCCUUAUAGAUUUUAUUUUUAUUUUUAUCAAGAUAGAUUCAAAAUUUGUUCAAGAUAGAAUCCUUAUGCCUUCUCAUUACUUGACUCUCACGGCUUUUUGGUUCAAGAGAGAGAGGUAUAAAGAUAGAGUCCAAAUUGAUUCUUUGGCGAAAUCCUAAUUUCUUUUUCUUCUUCUUCUUCCUCUCUAGCGGGUUCUGCGAUUUUUAGGGUUUGUGAAGCAAAGAGAAAAGUUUCGAUCUUUGAUUGGUUUUCGUCGAUGGAGGGCGAGGCCGGUUCGGAGGGAGACAAUAAGCGGAAAAGGGGUGGCGCAGAUGAUAACAGCAACGACAAUAAUGGAAGCAAUAGCAAGAUUGCGAAUUCCAAUGAGGGGCAGAGCAAGCCCAAGCGCCAGAUGAAGACCCCCUUUCAGCUUCAAAAUCUCGAGAAAGCUUAUGCUUUGGAUACUUAUCCUUCGGAGGCGAUGAGAUUAGAGUUGUCGGAAAAGUUGGGGUUGUCGGAUCGGCAACUGCAGAUGUGGUUCUGUCAUAGGAGGUUGAAGGACAAGAAGGACUUGCCUUCCAAGAAACGGCCGCGGAAGGUGGCAGCAGAGCCUUUGCCAGAUUCCCCCACAGAUGACAUGAGGUUGGACCCUGAACUUGGCAAUGAGUAUGGAUCCGGGUCGGGUUCGGGGUCCAGCCCGCUUACCCGUUCUGAGUCCCGGAAUGCGAUGCCCCGUUAUUAUGAGUCCCCUCAGGCUGGAAUGGAGCGUAGAGCAAUUGCUUCUGUGGAGGCACAGUUAGGGGAGCCGUUGAGGGAAGAUGGACCCAUUCUAGGAGUAGAGUUUGACCCAUUGCCACCAGAUGCAUUUGGGGCACCCAUAGCAGUUACAGAACAGCGGAAGCGACCUAGUCUUGCCUAUGACAGUAAAAUAUAUGAUAGGCAUGAUAUGAGAGCAAAUAAGGCUUUGGCAAGGACAUUCCAUGAAUAUCAAUUUCUACCAAACCAGUCUGGCAUUAGGACUGAUGCUUUUGGACAGUUCAGCCAACCUCAUUUACAUGAUCCAAUGGAGGGUCCUGCCAGAAACCCUCCUUUUGUUCUUGGAAAUGAACAGCCACCUAGAAUUCAUGCUACCAAAGGUCAUUCUUCUCGUUCACAACAAGACAAGCAAGGGAUUCCCUAUCAGUCUCCUCCUGGAGAUAAAGAUGAUGCCCCCCAAACGGAAUUAUACACAAACAUAGCUAAUAUCGGAAUGAACUCUCACUUUACUGAUCACCAAAUUGUUGGGCCAGAAAGUCCCUCUGCUUUACCUAGUGGACAAGUUUUGCCUAACAAUAUGCGGAUCGAGAAGAAACGAAAGAGUGAUGAUGCCAGAAUUACAAGGGAAGUUGAAGCCCAUGAGAUGAAGAUCCGAAAAGAGCAUGAGAAACAAGAUAACCUUAGACGAAAGAGUGAAGAGCGAAUGAAGAAAGAGAUGGAGAGACAAGAUCGUGAAAGGAGGAAGGAAGAAGAGAGGUUGAUGCGUGAGAGACAACGUGAAGAGGAAAGAACAAAACGUGAGCAAAAACGUGAAAUUGAACGAAGGGAAAAGCAUUUGCUGAAGGAAAAUUUAAGAGCUGAGAAAUUGAGGCAAAAAGAAGAGCUUCGCAAAGAAAAAGAGGCAGAGAGAAGGAAAGCUGCCCUUGAGAAGGCAACUGCCCGUAGAAUGGCUAAGGAAUCUAUGGAACUUAUUGAGGAUGAACAGCUGGAAUUGAUGGAGUUGGCUGCCUCAAGCAAGGGGUUUUCCUCUAUUAUACGUCUUGAUUUUGAUACUUUGCAAAACCUUGAAUCAUAUAAGGAUUCAUUGUGUCUUUUCCCACCCAAGAGUGUAAAGCUAAGAAAACUAUUUGCUAUACAACCCUGGAUCAACUCUGAAGAGAAUGUUGGUAACCUGCUCAUGGUUUGGAGAUUUUUGAUUACUUUUGCUGAUGUUCUGGAGUUAUGUUCUUUUACUCUCGAUGAGUUUAUGCAAGCAAUUCACGACCAUGAUUCAAGACUGUUGGGUGAGAUACAUGUUGCUCUUCUUAAAGUGAUAAUAAAAGACAUUGAGGAUGUUGCAAGGACACCUUCUACAGGAUUAGGAAUGAAUCAGAAUGGUGCUGUUAAUUCUGGAGGUGGCCAUCCAGAGAUUGUGGAAGGGGCAUAUGCAUGGGGGUUUGACAAACGAAAUUGGCGUAAGCACUUAAAUCAGUUGACAUGGCCGGAAAUUCUCCGACAGCUAGCAUUAUCUGCAGGAUAUGGACCACAGUUGAAGAAAAGAAAUAUUACACGGUCCUAUGAAAAAGAAAAAGACGAGGGCAGAAGUUGCGAAGAUAUCAUUUCUACACUUCGUAAUGGUUCAGCAGCCGAAAAUGCAGUUGCAAAAAUGCAGGAGAAAGGGCUAUUAGCACCUCGAAGAUCUAGGCAUAGGUUAACUCCUGGAACAAUUAAGUUUGCAGCAUUUCAUGUUCUCUCGCUUGAGGGUAGCAGGGGAUUGACAGUACCAGAGCUCGCAGAAAAAAUUCAGAAAUCUGGUCUUCGGGACCUGACAACCAGCAAGACACCUGAUGCAUCCAUUUCUGUUGUUUUGACAAGAGAUGCCAAGCUUUUUGAAAGAAUAGCUCCAUCAACGUAUCGUGUUCUUUCUGCAUUUAGAAAGGAUCCUGCUGAUGCUGAGUCCAUUCUGUCUGAAGCAAGAAAGAAAAUUCAGAUAUUUGAAAAUGGGCUUCAAGCUGGGGAAGAUGCUGAUGAUGUUGAAAGAGAAGCAGAGUCUGAAAGUGUUGAAGUUGAUGAGGAUCCUGAAGUUGAUGAUUUGGUAAAUCCUUCAAUUGCUAAAAAAACAUCUGAACUGUGUGGUGAUUUAUCAUCAAAUGGAAAAGAAAAUUUGGUUAAUGAUGUAGAACUUCAAGAUGAGUUUGAUAAGGACAUGCCUUGUUUUCCUGAGAAUGGUUCAAAGAAUACUGAUUGUCCAAGUACUGCCACUGGACAACCUGUUGCUUGUGAAGAUCUUAGUGCUGGAAAUCUUGGUGAAGAUAAUACGGAAAUUGAUGAAAGCAAGUCUGGACAAUCAUGGGUUCAAGGGCUUGCACAAGGAGAAUAUUCUGAUCUCAGUGUAGAGGAGCGUCUAAAUGCUCUUGUUGUUUUGGUUGGUGUGGCAAACGAAGGAAAUUCAAUCCGUGUUGUUCUUAAGGAUCGUUUGGAAGCAUCAAAUGCACUGAAGAAGCAAAUGUGGGCAGAAGCACAGACAGACAAAGUUUGUCUGAAAGAUGAUAUUUUUAAUAAAUUAGAUUUUGCAUCUAUGGGUGGCAAUAAAGUUGAAACACAAGACACAUGUCCUAUUGUGGAGGGCCACCAAAGUCCACUGCUUGACAUUAAUAUUGACGCUAAUAAUAAUGAGGCAUCACCCAGCACUGCAGAAAAUCAAAAAGCAGCUCCUGUUGCACAGAGCCUGUCUAUUGAAACGCCCUCUUCAGUUCAAGAUCUCUGUACAGGUCCAGAUGACCCUCAGGCUCAGCUAUCUGCACAAUAUUCAAAAAGGUCACGAUCCGAGUUGAAAUCUUAUAUUUCCCACAUAGCGGAGGAGAUGUAUGUCUACAGAUCCUUACCCCUUGGCCAAGAUCGCCGACGUAAUCGAUAUUGGCAAUUUGUUGCAACUGCUUCUUGCAAUGAUGGCAGGAUCUUUGUUGAAUAUCAUGAUGGAAAUUGGAGGCUUAUUGAUUCUGAAGAGCUCGAAGGGCCUACACUGUUGAAGCACGGGUUCAAUGAUGCAAUUGCUAAAGUAGGUAUGGUCAAGUUCAUCACAGAUCUCUUCUGGGUUGGGAUGUUUUACCACCUGUACAACCAGGUGGCGACUAACACACUGGAGAGAGUGGCUCCUCUCACUCAUGCAGUUGGCAACGUACUGAAACGUGUAUUUGUGAUUGUAUUUUCAAUUUUAGUCUUCGGUAACAAGAUUUCCACCCAAACUGGUAUUGGAACAGCCAUUGCUAUUGCAGGAGUGGCAAUCUACUCGCUCAUCAAAGCCAGGAUGGAGGAAGAGAAGCGAGAGAGUCUUGUUUCAAUUGUUUUUUUACCACAACUGCAUAUUAAAUUGGUUGAAACUUUAAAAGUUAAUUUGCUUUGGCAAGUCACAAAUAAACCACUUUUGGGCAUAUAUGUUUUUAAACGGUGUACUUUUGAAUGGAUUUUACCUUGGUCUUCAAAAUGCAUUAGGCAAUAUAGCAAUACACAAAUAAAAUUGACAAAUUUUUCUUUUUGUUCUCUUGACAGCAAGCGAAAGCAGCAUAAGAAGAAAGAGGCGUCAACUUGGAGGAUGUCUUGAACUGACUUGAAAUUCUGGCAUUUCCAUGCAAUUAGUUUGGGGCACAGGAGCCAGGAACCAAUGAAGAGAUAGCCAGGAACCAAUCAGUUUGGGGCACAGUAUGGUUCAAAGCUGAGUUUCCCAUUUUCGACAA